AAAUAAGAAACGAAAGCCCCCCAAAAAAUAAUUGUCCACGGAUUUGAUGUAGAGUCAUUGACAAGGAAGUCGGGUGCUUUGACCAAUAGACCAAGUAAGUCACGUUGCCGAUCUACGUUAUUUAGAGGUUAUAUAUUGCACUUUAUACAUGCGAACGCGCACAGCUUGCGCGCGCGAACGAACGCAUAAAUGACCACCGUACCAAUACAAAAAACGUACACAAUUAGACGAUUUCUUCAGAUUUGUACGUCCGUAUAGUGCAUAGAUCUACGACGCAUGCAGUAUACUAGUGCAGCGCAGGCCUAUAGCCUUCGAUUCAAUACAGUAAAGCCGUGGUUUAAAGUUUUUGAUCGAAUGCUGACAAGAUUUUCGAGUUGUAGCCUUUCUUCGUCCUUUUUUGGAGUGUUCAUGUGUUCUCAAUUUAUGCCCGUUAUGUUGCCGACAGUCUAGUGGAAACUGAUACUGAUAGUGAUAUUUGAUCUUCCCCUGCUCUGACAACGUGUGGUCAAGUUUGUAAGGCCAGCUAUCUGGCUGAUGCCUUAGUUUCAUGCAGUAUACAUACAGCAAGGAAUUGGCUCCACCGUCGCUCAUUCUUCAACUACACAAACCAUUAAGGAAGUUUGCUCUCUCAGGUCUGAGGUCCUGAAACGGGAGUCUCCAUCCAGACUACCAAUGAUAGAUCACCUCUUGUGACCGCCUUUUAUCGCAUCCAUCCUUGCCUAUUGUGACCGCCUUUCAUCGCAUCCAACCUCGCUUCUGUUUUAUCCUGCAUGGUACCGUAAUCACCACAUUCUCCACACUCUCGACUGUCUCCAUUAUUCACUUGGAAGUUCUCAUCACACUUGUCAUCAAACCAGACAGCUUUCAACCAGAAUCUUCCAGGUGUAAAAAAAAAAAGGUGCCAUCUGCCAUUUGGACUUUGACUGAAUAAAGUUUUUGGAGUGUACUGGUUGAAGCAGAUUUCAUUAUCAUCUCCAUCUCAUCUCAUACCAUCUCAUCUCAUACCAUUUCAUCUUCACCCACAAAACUCAUAAUCUUGAGUUUUUGAGAAAAGCACUCAUUCAAACCUUCAUCUAUCAUAAAGUCUGUGUGCGGGCAACUCACGACAAUAACCCUAGCACUCUUAAGCUUUGAUACGAACUUCUUGGUGAUCAUGAUGAACACUGUUACUUGGAUUUGAACCAAUCAAGGACCCUAUCAAGUACGACCAACAAAAGAAAAUGUGGCAGAUCAAAGAAGAGAUCAAGGAUUUCCGAAUGUACAGAGUUCAUGCUGGUGGCAAGAGAAAAGAAGCAAAGAACAAGAAAGGUCGAGCAAGGAACAAGAAAGAUGUUUCAGAUGGUGUACAAGAAGAUGCAGUGUUUGACAAUGACCUGAAGAAUAGAAGCUUUGAUACAGUAAAAGAUGAAGCAGUCGAGGUUUCCUGAGUUGUAACGGACACAGUGUUGUACUUCGUACUCAAAGCUGGCAAGGUGUGUACAAGCAUUGCAUGAGGUUAGCAAAAUCAAUGGGAUGCCCCCUGCACACCGAAUAUGAAGUAACUAGUGUAUGUGCUAAAGCAACUUCCGGUAAGAAUGAAACCUUGAAAGGCUAUCCACAGUUACAGGAUUUUGUUUGUAAUCCAAUUCCUUCGUCAAAUACGCACAGUGAAAGUCAGUCUGGAAGCUCUGGAUGUUCCAUACAUUGUGAAAGCUUUGAUGAAGUUCAAAUAUUGGAUGAGAGUGUUUCCCCACAAAAGAUGAUUGAUAACCCAAAUGUAUUUCUCUUCCCUGAAGAAGCAAAUGAAACAAUCAUUCAUGAUGUACAUUAUAACGGUCAGGAAUUGAAACUGAAGAGUGUGACAAUUGGCUUAACCAAAUUAAAAGAAUCCCAGCUGAAUAAUAGUUGUCUUCUGAAAGGAAAUGACUCUAUAAAUACAAAAUAUGAAAAUGAACAAAAAGGAGAUUCCAAAAAUUGUACUAAAUCCAGGAAUGACUCUGAUAGAUUAAAUUUAGUGAACAAAGUUCAGAAUUCCAACUCUAUCUUAAGCAGAAAACGAAAAUGGAGUAACCUCGAAAGCGAUGCAAACGUUGAUGUCGACCUUGGCAAGGAAAUUCGAAAAACCAAAUUGCUAAAAAUGAAUGAGAACGACAGCUUAAGAAUUGAUGCAAGCGAAUGUGCUGAUAGUCAUGAUGAAUUAAUAGUAAUUGGAGAAGUUCAUGUUAGAAAUGUAGACCAUGGAAAGAAAAAACGUAAAAAUAGACAAAGUUCUAAUAAAAAAAGGAAGCGCAUGAGACAGCAAAUGAGAGAAAAACGAGCCCUGGCCAAAGAUGAAAUCAUUAAGAAAAAGGAAAAGUGUAUUCACAAUGCGCAAAUGAAAAAAAUUAAAAUGAAAAAUAAAUAUCAAAAUGAUUUAACCUACAAAAUAGAAAAAAUAAAUGAAGUAAAAAAAAGGCAAAAAGAAAUGUAUGAAGAGGAUUCAAAUUUCAGGAACAUACAGCUAAAUAUGAUGAAAACCAAAUAUCAUUUUGAUUCACGUUAUAAAAAGAAAAUUUUGUAUGGAAAUAAACAAAAAUAUUUGAGAAAUGAAGGAUUCAAAGAAAAUGUUAAAACAGCUAUGAGGAUUAAAAUGAAAAAUAGAUAUUGGAACGAUGAACUAUUUCAACGAAUGCACAAGAGUAGAAUAAGAAGUAAAUACCAGCAUGAUGAACUAUUUAAACGAAUGCAUAAAAGCAAAUUAAGAAGUAAAUAUUUGAACAACAAACAUUUUAAGAAAAAACAACAAGAUAUCAUGAAAAAACGAAUAAAGGAAUUAUACCGCAAUGAUGAAAAUUUUAAGAAAAAACAACAAGAUAUCAUGAAAAAACGAAUAAAGGAAUUAUAUCGCAACGAUGAAAAUUUUAGAAAAAACAACAAGAUAUCAUGAAAAAACGAAUAAAGGAAUUAUAUCUCAACGAUGAAAAUUUUAAGAAAAAACAACAAGAUAUCAUGAAAAAACGAAUAAAGGAAUUAUAUCGCAACAAUGAAAAUUUUAAGAAAAAACAACAAGAUAUCAUGAAAAAACGAAUAAAGGAAUUAUAUCGCAACGAUGAAAAUUUUAGGGAAAAACAACAAGAUAUCAUGAAAAAACAAAUGCAGAAAUUAUAUCGCAACGAUCAACAAUUUAAACAUACAAAAAAGGCAAAUAUGAAAACAUUGUCCAAAAUUAGAUAUAAAGGCAACGAAUUUAAGGAAAAGAAAUUGAUGAGCUUAAAAAUUAAAUAUAAAAGAAUUGAAAAAUAUAGGCAAAAUGUAAUAAAACAAAAUCGAAAAAGGUCUGUACUUCGAACAGUAAAAUUGUCCGAGUUUGAUAUUGUACUUGAAGAAUUUAGAAAGAUAAUUUCUCAUGGCCCAGAAUAUGUGUGCUGUGUAUGCUUAAAACUUCUCUUUGACAACCAAGUAUUGAAAUGUAAAAAGAGUAAUUAUAAAAUUCAGACAUGCAUAAGUGAAGAAUAUUUGCAUGUUUGCAAUUCAGAAUGCCGGUCAAAAUGUUUAAUAGGCCAGUCAGCCAGAUCGUCACUAUGGAUAUGCUUCACCUGUCAUAGAAAAUUGCAAGCUGGAAAAGUACCUGCAGAAGCAAAUAUGAACAAUUUACAACUACAUGAAGUUCCAAAAGAACUUGCCAAUCUGAACAAUUUAGAACAGCAUUUGAUUGCAUUGAAUAUCCCUUUCAUGAAGUUAAUGGCCUUGCCUAAAGGUGGUCAAAAUGGAGUCCAUGGCCCAGUCGUGUGCGUGCCUUCAAACACUUAUGAAACAGUAGAUAUGUUGCCAAGACCACAGACUGAAGAUCAAUUGAUCCGUGUUAAACUCAAAAGAAAAUUGUCGUACAAAAGCUAUUAUGAGUACAAAUUUGUAGAUAAAUCUAACUUGCUUAAUGCUCUGCAGUAUUUAAAAGCAAAUAAUAAGUGGUAUUUUGAUGUUACAGUAAAUGAUAAAUGGGAAAACUCACUUGAACGAAAUGAAAAAGAUAAUGAAAAGGAAGAAGCAGUGGAAAUCGGUGGUAAAGCUCGUUUAGCAAAAUAUUGGAAGGAAAUGGAAGAACAAAUUGAUUACAUUUUGUCCAAAGACAAAAAUGCUAAUGAAAACAUGCAAAACAACAGUAAACUACAAAAAAAAUAGAUGACAAGGACACUGAAGACGAUAUGGAAGAACGAUUACGCGGUAUUCAGUUAGACUCGUGUCUCCAGCCAGUAGAUAUUGGACAGGAAAUAUUAGAUCAGUAUUUUGAAGACAUAAUAUGUUGUGCUCCUUGUGAAGGAAGAAGCCCUGUAUCAAUUCUACAAGAUGAAAGCAAUGAGGCCAAAUGUUUCCCAGUAUUAUUUCCUAAAGGUCAACCAACAUUCCAUGAUAGAAGAGAUGAAAAAAUAACAUUAGGACGUUAUCUGCAUAACCGACUGAUGCACGUGGACAAUAGAUUUGCUCAGAAUACAGAUUACAUCUUUUAUGCACAAUAUAUUUAUGAAAUUCAACAGGUUAUAUCACAAGUUUCUAUCGCUUUAAGGCAAAGUCCAAACAAAAAAGAUGAUUCGUCUUCAAUAACUGCCUCAGAUUUGAAAGAUGCAGAGAAAGUUAAAAAAAUACUAAAAUCAGACAAGGGCUAUAAAUUUUUAAAGCAAAUUCGUGGAACACCUCCAUUCUGGCAAAAGACACAAAAAGAUGUUCUCGCAAUGGUACGACAGCUUGGAAAGCCGACAUGGUUUGCUUCUUUCUCAUCUGCCGAUAUGAGAUGGCCAGAAUUAAUGAAUACAUUGCUUAGACAAAAAGGAGACACCAGGGAAUCGAGUGAAUUAGACUAUACAGAAAAAUGUAAUCUUUUAAGAUCAAAUCCAGUAACAGUUGCCAGAAUGUUUGAUAAAAGAUUUCACACUUUUAUGAAGAGAGUUAUUUUAUCUCCCGCUGCACCGAUUGGUAAAGUAGUUGAUUCAUUUUGGAGAGUAGAGUAUCAAGCCCGUGGUUCCCCUCACAUUCAUGCCUUGUUCUGGGUUCAAAAUGCUCCACAGUUGGGUAUCGAUAAAGAUGAUGAUGUCGUACAAUUCGUAGAUAAAUACAUUUCUUGCCAGAAACCGGAUGAAAAGGAAGAUCAAGAACUACAUGAAAUAGUGAGCAAGGUCCAACAACACAGUAAGAAACAUUCUAAAUCUUGCACAAAAACGGGAAAAGCGUGUAGAUUUAAUUUCCCAAGACCACCAUCCGAAAAAACAUUCAUUGUAACACCUGUUGAAGAGAUUCCAGCUAAAGAUUGUGGGAAAGUGCAAAAUAAGGGAAAGGACAAUGAUCAAAUUAAAGCUUCUAAAAAGAUUAAAGAUGAUGCAGAGAAAUUGUUGAAGUCAGUUAAAGAUGCAUUAUCCAAUGGAAUCGAGUACAACAGUGUAAACCAUCUCUUUGAAAAGCUUGGCAUUACACAAAAUCAAUUUGAGAAUGCACAUAAUGAAUUAGCAUCACAACAAAGUAUAAUCAUCAAAAGAGAAAUACAAGAUGUAUGGGUAAAUCAGUUUAAUCCAAGUCUACUAAGAAGCUGGAAUGCCAACAUGGAUUUGCAGUUCGUAACAAAUGUAUUUGCAUGCGUGGCUUAUAUUGUAUCCUACAUGUCAAAAGCUGAACGAGAAAUCGGAAUGCUAUUGAGUCAUACACUAUCAGAAAUGAAAGAGGGAAAUGAAAAUGCAAAGGAAAGCAUGAAAAAACUUGGCCAGGUGUACAUGCAAAAUCGUGAAGUGUCUGCUCAAGAAAGCGUCUAUCGUGUUUGCAGUCUCAGAUUGAAAGAAUGUUCUAGGAAAGUGGAAUUCAUUCCUGUUGGACCCGACCCUGUCAGAAUGAGUUUACCAUUAAGCAUUAUAAAAAGCAGACCAGAUAACGAUAAUGAUGAUGAUGAGAAUGUUUGGAUGCCUAGCAAGCUCGACAGAUACAAAGCUCGACCUAGAAACGCAGAAUUCAGUGAUAUGUGUCUUGCAACGUUUUGUUCUCAGUAUAGAAUCUUAACUGCAUCCCAAAAGCCAAGUACAAGAAGUAAAAAUGUCUUUAAAUUAGAUAACGAUCUGGGGUAUAUUCAGAAGCGUACUCGUACGGGAGAUGCAGUUGUAAGAUAUCCCCGAUUCUCACCCAUCAUCUCACCCGAAAAAUAUUAUUUGAGCAUUUUGCAACUCUUUCUGCCAUAUUUUGAAGAUGGACAAUUAAAGCCCCCAACAUUUGAAACACAUGAAGAGUUCUACGAGACAGGUUCUGUGAAAAUAUGUGGACGUGAAUUGGAGAAAGUCUGGUCAAUUGUCUGUACUAACCGAAAGAAGUUUGAAAUGAAUGCCGAUGCAAUUGAUCAUGCACAGGAGCAUCUUGACAAAUUUGGUCCACACGAAGAUGCAUGGGGUCUUUUAUGUCCGGAAAAGGAAGUAGAGCGACUUGAACAUCCCAAAGAAAAUGUAGAUGUUGAAGAUUGUGAUGGAGAUCUUGAUAUCCCAGAUUUAAAGAAUGAACCGAAAAAAGAUGACUAUAGCAUCGAACUACGUUCAGUAAAAAUUUCCAAACAAGAUGGACAUUCUUUGAUGAGGUCUUUGAAUGAGAAGCAACAGAGUGUUUUUUACAAAAUACGACAGUGGUGUUUAGAUAGAGUAAAUGGAAAAUCGGUCGAACCGUUUCAUAUGUUUCUAACUGGAGGUGCUGGCACUGGAAAGAGUCAUUUGAUCAAAUGUCUUUACUAUGAAGCAACACGUAUACUAGCCCGAAUGUUGCCACAUCCUGAUGAUGUCUCAGUAUUGAAAAUGGCUCCAACCGGAGUAGCUGCAUACAAUAUCAAUGGCCAUACUAUACAUAGUAU